CCACCCCUAUGAUAUAUUUGAAUUAUAUCAUUUACAAUAUGAUGCUAAAUUCAACUUGUUCAUCAUUAAUACAUUACAUCUACCAAAUGAUCAAUGAGAAUUUCCCUUAUCCAAACAAAUAUACGAAAGAUCUUCUCUCUUUCCUAUCCAACUUAAAUAUAUUUAAUUUGAUUUUCCACUUUUCUAUAUUUUAUACAAUAUAUAAUCCAAUCCACUUUCCUCACUAGCCACUAUAAAUAAGAGUUGAUGAAAUCUCAAAUUUCACAACACAAAAACAAAAAGCCUUUUGCAAAUAAAAAAAACUUUCAAUAUAUAUUUCUAUAUAUAGUAAUGGAUAGAGUAAAGGAUUUGGCAUCAAAGAAAGCAGCAGUUAUAUUUACAAAGAGUUCAUGUUACAUGUGUCAUAGCAUCAAACAACUUUUCUAUGAACUUGGAGCAAGUCCAGCAGUAUAUGAAUUAGACAAUGAUUCAUAUGGUAGAGAAAUGGAAUGGGCUUUGAGGAGUAAUUUUGGAUGUAACCCUUCAGUUCCAGCAGUUUUUAUAGGUGGAAAAUUUAUAGGAUCUUCAAAAGAUAUUAUAUCUCUUCAUGUUGAUGGUUCUCUUAAACAAUUGCUUAUGGAUGCAAAGGCCAUUUGGUUUUAGUUAUAAUUACAUUCAAAACUCUUUAUUAUAUAUGCCUAAAGUAGUGUAUGGAAGGAGUUUUGAUAAUAGUUUGUGGACAAUGUUUAAAUAGGACACAUCUUGUUUUUUUCUUUCUUGAGUGUCCUAUUUAAAGUCUGUAUAAAAUGUAGUCUUGUUUUUGUUAUUUUAAUUUCUAAAAGGUUAACUAUGUGUCUACUAAGUUAAAAUUUGAUCGUAAGAGCGGUCAAGUACACUAGGCUCUACAAAGUGGGGUCUGAGGAAGGUAGAUGUAUGUAGAAUGUAAUAUUACUUCUCUAAGAAGAAAGGUCGUUUUCAAGUUUGAACUUGUGAUCUCUCGAUCACAAGGUAACAAUCAACUCCAUUUCACCAAAGGCUUCUCCUAAAAAAAAAAAACAUGGUUGUAUAUUUGAAUGGUU